AUGUCUGAUAACCCUCUUAAAUGUCUAUUGCCUGGCUGCGAAGGAACUCCCGAGUUCUUAGACAAGACCGCUGCUCGUAGGCAUCGAUACCGAUACCAUGCUGUACCAGUUCCCUUUGAAAUUCAGGGCAGUCUGUACAUCAUCGCCCACUCCAAUACACGUUAUUCUUGCCCAUUGCCUGGGUGUGGCCAAAGCUUCAAACAGCGAGACAGCAUCGAACACCACAUCGUCACGGAUCACAAUGACGGGACUGAGCUCAAAAUCUUCGGUACCCCAGCGCCAGCUCUGCCAGGAAACCCAAUCCAAAAAGGUGCUGGCAAUACCUCGGCAAAGGUGCUGGUGCCAGCCGCUACGUCCACUCAGGAGAUUGCCUCCUCAGGAACCCGAUCUAAUGUGAAUUCUGGCAAGGCACAUCUCAUGCCCGGAGUCGACUACUUGAAGUCCAACGAGGUCCUCGACGCCCUUGGGAUACCCCCCGCGGAUCUGCAGGCUGUCUUGGAUUUUUGCUCAAAGUCCAAGGUGUAUACAAAACCGCAGCAUGUCAAAUUACCCGCUGCUGGAGGACCGCCCGUUCAACUCCUUGGUGACCCAAGCGAUGGUCUGGCCUGCAAAGCUUCGUCAGAAUGCGAAUAUUGCGUAAGGGACUUGCAGACCAUGCAAAGACACCGUCGAGAAAAACACGGUUCCACAGCUUUGGGGGAGGUCUGCCAUAGACCUUGCAAGGUCCAACGUCUGUUCACAGGUGUAGGCGGCUCCUUUUUUGAAAUCGGUCAGAAGAUCUUGCCAGGAGCUAGGCCCAACCUGAAGGAGACCCUCAAGGCUACGUUCUUACCUGCAAUCGAUGUUCCCUUGGUCGUGCCGGCGGAUACUGAACGAGAGCGAACCCCCCUUGUUAAAUUUAUGGGCUGGGAUAAGUUUCAGAACGACGUCCGUAUGAAUCCUGCGCAGAGACGUGCUGCAGAACAAAUCAAAAAGAAGCAUACCGAGGAGGAGCACGGCGGUAUUUUCCCCCGACUGGCCAUAGCUAUCCAGGACCAUUUUGUGAGAGCCGCGACGAUCUUAGAUGGUCACCCUCAGAGGUUGAGUCUCGCAAAAAUCUUGAUUCACGGCGAUGCCAUUCCACGGGAAAGCAACUCGCAUUGGAAGCCAAUCUCCGCUGAAAACUCAGAAUAUGCAAAUUUCAUGCUCCAAUUAUUUCGAAACAUCAUCCGCAUUCAUCUCGGAUUCGCCUUGGACUUCUCAUUUUCACUCUCUGCAUUGCAGACUCGUCGUCUCGAGGACCUUCUCACCGUUCUUAGGGACGAAGCAGCAUCCCCCAGGAAGAGGAUGAUUGCCUACCAUGAUCUCGCUUGGUCAUUUGUGAACACCGACCCAUCCCUUUGCGCAACAGAUCAUUGGGGAAACCCUAUUCAGCGAGCCAUCUGGCUGAGAGCCCUCCGUGCUGAUGGAAAUUUCUGUGAAGCCAACAUCCUUACCCCAGACCUGGCUAAAAUUAAAUACCUGUGCAACAUGACCUCGCUCCUCGAGGCCCUCAUGGACAAGGAGGAUGAGACAGAUUCCGUUCACGCCGACGACAAUGAACGUGUAAUGCAAAUCCAUCAGCAGGUUUUGCAACUGGGCCGUCCUCACACGUUCAACAUCGUAUACGAAAUGCAGCAGUAUGCAUCAGCACUGGCCUUGAAUCAAAUGAAAGAGCCCAAUGUAUACGUCGAUCCUGACGUCAAGUCGAUCACCAUCGGCACUCAAACCAUGCAAAUGGACAAACUUCGACAGGGCAUCCAGGACCGCGUGAAUGACCUGACUCUACGAUACGCUGCCCUCACGAACGACAACAUCAUGUUGACGAGGAUGCCAGACCAUGUCAAGGAUGAUCUCACCAACACCAGGCGGGGUUAUUCCUUCAUGUCCGAGGAGCCAUUUUACGAGAAGCGUCAUUCUCUCUUCUUCUUCUUGGUGCAGUCUCACAACCUCGCUAUGGUCGACAACGAAGGUAGGAUAGCUUGGAACAUUCCGGGGAUCAAGGAAUUCCUCAGACGCUCAUUGCGAGUCUGGGAGCCUUUGUACCAUUUGCUCUUCAUAGUCACUCACAUCUCCUGUCGAGGAACUCAGUUCGUCGACCAUCAGAUCACCAAUGCCGACAGGCAUCGUAAUCUCUUCAUGGGAGGCAAGGAGAUGUUUGUGCUCACUGCCUACAGUAAGAAGACAGGCAUCACAGAUAGAGACUCGUGCACCCCUGGCUUCGUGCCAAAGGACAUUGCUUUCUGGGUCCUCGAAAUGCUGGGAGGUGGCUUACGAACCGCCGAAGCCAUCCUGGCUGGGGUUGCAUAUGGGAAGGAGUCAGAGCAUCUGUACAGAACGUAUCUAUGCGUGGCUGAAGGCCAGAGAAUCACUGCUGCCAAGUUUUCAGACAGCAUCCAACAUUGGAAUCUGGAAUACUUCGACUGUCGUUGGGGAUUGAGAGAUUUCCGUCAAGGCGCGAUAACAAUGGGACGGGAAUUCAUAGCCGCAGACCAUUCUUAUGAUGAAACUGACAACAUCCUCUCCGAGUCUGCCGACCACUCCACUGCCAUGGACCAUAGCCACUACGCCGUAGUUCUAGGGGCAGUACCUCGACUUUCUAACAACAGCAUGUGCAAGCACAGAUGGUUGGGUGAUCAGUGGCACAGCGUCCUAGGCCUCGGCCCUUUGCCACCUCCGGAACCCAUUCGAACAAGCAGAAAGAGCAUGUCCAACGGAACCACCCUGGAGUCCAUUGGCGAUUUGGUCAAGAAAACCACCUCCAGUGCCCUUCAAUCAUUCUUCGAGAACGACUUCUCGACCAUGUUGAAGGAUGUGGUCUCCGCUGCUCUUGCUCCACCUCCCAGACAGGCUGUGAACUGGGAGAAGAAGGACUCGGGCGAAUUAUUCGACAGCUGUCGUGCUGAUCCGUCCGCCACCACUCGAGAGGGAUCGCCAGCUCCGAGUGGCUACAUCGAAUGUGGAAACAUGCUCUCCGACUCUCCCCUGCCAGCAUCAUCCAUAGAAAGCUUGUCGCAGACUGAAUCCAUAGACGACUUUCUGCCUUCACCCGACAUCAUCAUUCCGACCUAUGGUUCUGCCACAGACUACAAGGGGAAGGGAAGGGCGUACGAGCCAGGCCAACCUCGACCGUCCAAGUCCAAACCUGCAUCAGUCUUGUCGAUUAGCAGUGCUGAUAGUGCAAGCCAUUCCAGAUCCUCCAGUCUGUCCCCUGUAACGGACUACAAACGAAAGGCUGGGACUCGCAAACCUGGCCAAUCCAAGCACCAGUCAGACCUGGGAUCUCUCCCCAGUUCAGCUCCGGUUGCAGCUAUAUACCGGAGCCGCAAGCAUACUCUGGAGCACGUCAGUGAGACCGAAGGAGAGCAAGAACCUCCUAAACGUCUGAAACGUCUUCGUCGACCUACUGCCUCACUGCCAAAGGAGAACGAGGACUGGGAAAUCAUGGACCCGACGACCGACGAAGACCUGUCGGAUUUCAUAGUGCCUGAUAGCAGUCGAGCAUCUUCGCCGCCGCCUGCUGUGGUGGAGAUCAGAGAACAAAUUCGAGACGCAAUUCGAUUCCUGAGGAAGGACCCCACUGCGAAGGAGAAGAGCAGAGAGCAGAUGGAUGCGCUGGUGGGAAUCAUGACGGAAACUCGUGAUGUCCUCGUCGCCAUGAAGACAGGGGGCGGCAAAAGCAUGAUGUGGAUGGUUCCCUCAAUCCUCGACGAGAAUGCGAAAUCCAUCGUCGUCUGCCCAUUCGUGGCAUUGCUAGAAGAACAGUACAAGAAGACGGUUGCUGGUGGCUUGCGAUGCCACAAUUACUCUCAAUCCAAGGAAGUACCGGACGAUGUUCAGGUCCUUUUCAUUCAGGUGGAGCAUUGCUCGUCUACUGUUUUUGCUAAUCUCCUCGUGUCCCCCCUUGGGAAUAAAUUCACCAGGGCCUUCGUAGAUGAAUUUCAUGAUAAUGUCAACUGCCAUCCGGAACGAAUAAAGGCAUGGGGGGUUCUUGCCAGGCAAUUCAGCGCCAUGAGGAUACUGAUCUGCCUCCUGUCCGCUACUGCCCCUCCCCAUCGGUUGUCGAGCUUCAUCAAACCAUUCGGUAUGAAGGUGGACAACCUCGCCCAGUUCAGGUCUUCAACAAACCGUCCAGAAAUUGGAAUGCACGUCGUUCCGGUCCAGCCUAUUAUAGCACAGCAAUCAUUAGGUCGUCUGGUUUGUGCACUCAACGGACUCUUGGAUGAUGACGAACGUAUCUUGGUAUUCUUUUGCUCGCAAGUCGAGGCGGAGACCUUUGCAGUCCUGCACAAAUGUGCAGUCUAUCACAGCAACCUCUGGGCGAACGGAAAUACCAAGGCCUACAACCUCGACCUCUGGGACAGAGGAGAAUCAAAGGUGAUGGCAUGCACCACGGCUUUCGCACAGGGUAUAGACAGAUCCAAAGUUCGAUUCGUGGUUAUCUUCAAACCGGCAUAUGGGCUUGUAGUGAACAACCAAAUGCUGGGUCGCGCAGGUCGUGAUGGAAGGGAGUCCCAUGUGUUUUUUGUCAGCGACGUUACUGGCAUAGCAUCCUUCAAAGGGUCCAAGAGGAAUCAGGACGAAUGCCUGCUGGAGUUGGACCGAGUGGUCCAUGGUCCGGAGUGUCGCCGAUACACCAAUACGGUCUGCAUGGAUGGCGUCGAUCUUGCAACUCGUUGCAAUCAAGAACCUCGUGGCGUCCCUUGCGACAUUUGCGAUCCAGAUAGCCCGAUGCAGCAGUUCGCCAUACAAGCCCUGUCGCAAGAACAAACAUCCAUCUCACACACUCCAGCUGUGCAGGCCCCACCUCCUGCAUUUGUGCCAGCAAGCAGAUUAGCACAAACCAUGGAGAACGCCCCUGCCAUGUCACAGGAGGACGCUGAACCGGCCCAACCACUGUCGCAGGACAGCGAUGCCCUGUAUGGCAUGGACUCACAGAUAACCUCGUCUCAAGCUCUCGUGCUUGACGCCAUUGAGGUCAUUCACAAGCCCCGCGACAACAUGAAAAACAUCUUCAUGCCUUCUGCGUCAUCCUCUUCAAGACUCCAGCUGCCACCCCCCUCAUCACUUCCCAGUGAUUCCCGUACCUUUGCAUCCAGGGCGGAACAGUGCUGCUUACCCCAGUCAAGAAACCACAACGGCGAGGAACCAGCUUGUCAUGCUGGGUUGCUCUACAAGAAAGGGGUGACUUGCCCAUUCUCUGGAUUCAUCUUCAAGACCGUCUUCUGUUUCUGGUCCAGAGAGGAGUUCAGACGUCACUUGAUUCAGGAUGUCAGCCAAGGGGCCCAGCUCUCGACAUUGACCGACUUCAUUGCAUGGGCAGUCCAAGAACAUGCUGAAGAAGGUAAAUACAAUAAUUGUGUCGAGGCUUUCCUCUGGUUCUGCAGCGAGGUGGAGAAAGCAAAGCCUGACUUUUUCAUGUGA